CAUGGGCAGGGUUGCCAGCGCUUGAGUGUAAUUCAGUGUGGGAGGAGGAUGGGUGGGUUUGAGUGUAUCUAGUCUUUUCUCUUCACACGCUCUGCUGUGCGCACAGACUGAAGACAAAGCGCAGAGAACAGUCCACCUCUCCAUGUGAUGUGUAGCCGCUCGGUGAGGGCGCAACAGUAAUUUCAUUUACUGUCCCUGCAUUUCUUUUCUUUUUUUUUUACGCUGCAUGGACAGUUAGUAACCAAGUGCGCCUCUGCCUUGCGCGGGUGUCCAUUCACUCAGUGCUCCCUCCUCCCUCUCCAUCUUCUCCAGCUUCAACAUUGGUGAAGUGGCUGCCUCACCCGGUCGGACCGGAGGCCGUCUGGUCUCUGAUCUGGUCUGUGGAGUCACCGGAGACUCGACGCGCUCCGUCGGGGCCAGGCUGUGCGCCUCUCGGAUCAGACCCGAGCCACCCCGAGCUCUGGCGAUGGAGAUGAUGGAGGGAGACGUUAUGGACAAGCUGGAGGACAUGUCAUCGGUGUACGACUUCGACCCGAUCACCGGCAACAUCCCCGCCACCAAAGUAGAGAUCACCGUCUCCUGCAGAAAUCUGCUGGAUAAAGACACAUUCUCCAAGUCAGAUCCAUUAUGCGUGCUCUACACACAAGGUGUGGAAACCAAACAAUGGAGAGAGUUUGGCAGAACGGAGGUGAUAGACAACACCUUAAACCCAGACUUUGUUAGAAAGUACAUCUUGGACUACUUUUUUGAGGAGAAGCAGAACCUUCGCUUCGACUUGUAUGAUGUGGACUCCAAAAGUCCAGACCUGUCCAAACAUCCUGCAGAACUCAACGACUUUUUGGGUCAGACGUUCUGUACUCUUGGGGAGAUUGUUGGAUCACCAGCCAGUCGACUGGAGAAACCUCUGGGAGGGAUCCCAGGAAAGAAAUGCGGCACUAUCAUCCUGUCUGCAGAGGAGCUGAGCAAUUGUCGGGAUAGCGCCACUAUGCAGUUCUGUGCCAACAAGCUGGAUAAGAAGGACUUCUUUGGCAAGUCAGAUCCUUUCAUGGUCUUCUACAGAAGCAACGAGGACGGAACGUUUACUAUCUGCCAUAAAACAGAGGUGGUGAAAAACACAUUAAAUCCAGUGUGGCAGCCUUUCACCAUCCCAGUACGAGCGCUCUGCAACGGAGACUACGACAGAACAAUCAAGGUGGAGGUGUAUGACUGGGAUAGGGAUGGCAGCCAUGACUUCAUUGGGGAUUUUACGACCAGCUACCGAGAGCUAGCUCGAGGGCAGAGCCAGUUCAAUGUAUACGAGGUUAUUAAUACCAAGAAGAAAAUGAAGAAAAAGAAAUAUGUCAACUCUGGAACAGUGACCCUGCUCUCGUUCUCAGUGGAGUCAGAGUUCACAUUCUUAGAUUACAUCAAAGGAGGGACUCAGAUCAAUUUCACUGUGGCCAUCGAUUUCACAGCAUCUAAUGGUAACCCCUCUCAGUCCACUUCGCUACACUACAUGAACCCAUACCAGCUGAACGCCUACGCCAUGGCCCUGAAGGCUGUCGGGGAAAUCAUUCAGGACUACGACAGUGACAAGAUGUUCCCCGCUCUGGGCUUUGGGGCCAAACUGCCCCCUGAUGGACGGGUGUCACAUGAAUUCCCCCUGAAUGGAAACAUGGAAAAUCCAUACUGCAAUGGUAUAGAAGGCAUCUUAGAGGCGUACCACCAAAGUCUGAAGACAGUGCAGCUCUACGGGCCAACUAACUUCGCUCCUGUGGUGAACCAUGUGGCCAGGUAUGCAGCAGCAGUGCAGGACGGCUCUCAGUACUUUGUGCUCCUCAUCAUCACAGACGGUGUCAUAUCCGACAUGGCCCAGACCAAAGAGGCCAUUGUAAAUGGUGCCAAGCUUCCUAUGUCCAUAAUCAUAGUUGGAGUGGGUCAGGCUGAGUUUGAUGCUAUGGUGGAGCUGGAUGGUGAUGACAUCAGGAUCUCAUCCCGAGGGAAACUGGCAGAAAGAGACAUUGUUCAGUUUGUUCCCUUCAGAGAUUACAUGGACCGGACAGGCAACCACGUGUUAAGCAUGGCACGGCUCGCCAAAGACGUGCUAGCAGAGAUCCCUGACCAGUUCAUCUCCUACAUGAAAAGCAGAGGGAUCAAACCCAACCCGGCGCCACCUCCGUACACACCGCCCGGACACACACAUCACCACACACAGAUCUGAAGCCCACCCCCCCCCCCCCCCAUCCCGCUGAGGACUGACAGCAUGCAGCGGCCACUCAGAGUCCAGGGAGAACUCGCUACCUCCUGUUUUUUGGUGCAAACAGGAGACGAGGCACCAGGAAAUGGGUGUUGAAUUUUGUGCCGUAUCCUCCCAGUGACAAUUGGAGAAGCGUUUUGUUUGUUUGUUUUUUUUAUUUUUUUUGUUUAUCUGUGAUAUGUUCAUUUGGCUGGUUUCUCUUGAGGAGAGGCUGCAGUCUUUAAGGGACUCGUUGGUGAAAGCCUUUUAAUCGACACUGAGGCAGUGACUGUUUCACAUCUAAUUCGACAGCAGGUUGGUUCAAAAAGGUCAUGUUGUGGUUAAAACUUGUGCCUGUCUGUGGUUGUUUCUCUCUAAGUGUAUCAGGACAUGUGAUCUUUGACCUAAGCCUUGCUCGUCAGUCAUUUGUGUGGCCUAAUGCAGUGAUAUUUUUUAGGCACCUUUUUCUCUUCUGGAAUUAGUUUUUAUACUUGGGGAUUAUCUACGUAUCUGCUAAUGCAUCAGUUAUGAUGGAGGAAAAACUACAGGUGUGAAGUUUAUAGUUUAUUACGUCGAACAUCAAUCAGGCUUUUCAUACCGUGAGGUAUCACCUCCUAUCUUCUUUAUUAUCUAAAUGUUUAUAAGAGCAUGUUGUUUGAGAAUUUAAUUCCCCAUAUCCAGUAUAUUUAUUCUCGAAUGUUAUUCAGAGUGGCAUGGACAUUUGAUAGAUCUGUUUUGAAUACCAUAAACUUUAUCCAUUUUGAAGUGGUCACCAAUUAUUUUUAAGUUAUUGCAUACAAGAAGCACAAACUGUCUUUACACUAACAGUUAUGAUGAUGAUACCAGGUUUAUCAUAUUUAAUCCCUUUGAGUGCUGCUAUUCAUUAUACUUCUGAACAAGGUACUUAAUUUAUUCAUGCAAGUCAACAUAAAAAUGAUCGUUUGAGACAGGCAUGUUUAGGGUCCUAAUUCAAUCCAGACGCAUUCCCAUCACAGGGGAUGUUGCACAAAUAGAGCAUUAACUAAUAAAACACUAGUAACACUUUUAACCUUUUAACCCCUUUAACCCUCUAAACAUUGUAUAUUAUUGAUUUUGUUAAGUGAGGUAAUACAAAAUAUAUUACAUCACUAUAGCACAGUAUAAACUGAAAUAAUAAGAGCCUGAUGUUUUUUGCCAUCUUGAUGAUCUGACCUGUCUGUAGUCAGUUAUGUCAAAAUCUAAUACAAUAUAAUACUGCUCUUAUUUCAGGACAGAUUAUACAUUUCUGUUAAAUCAAAAUAUGACAGUCUAAUCAACAUACAGCAAACUUUGGGGAAGGGUGGCUUUACGAUGUAGGAACACUGGUAAAUGGGUUGGAAAAGUUGGUGAGGUGGCCAGUAAUUUAAAGGGCUCAUUGCUAAUUUUUGCCCCAUGGCCAAACACACACACACCACCUCAGCAAGCCAGAGACUUCCAUGUCACUGGAAAUCUGUGAGCCCCCAGCGGCCACACAUCAGCAGCCACAUAACCUCCGCUGUCAUAAAGUUCACACUGUAAGUCUGUACCAUCACAGCCAGUGCUCCUCUCAAGAAUUCACUUAAUACAGCUGCUGUCCUUGCCACAGUGUAUUACAAGUCUCUGGUGAGAGACAGUUCCCACGUGGUCUCCAGAGCUUCACUGCAUUCAUUACAAUAAGGAUGUAAGUAAUUCUUUCAAGUGUAAACACGUUAACAAUCUGUCGAUACCACCUUUUGUGCUAAACUUUGACUUUCUGCGGCCUCCCACCACCUGUGACGUCCGUUCAGUGUGAAGGGACAAAAGCGAAGUGGCUUCCACGUAGCAAAUACAAUUUUACUACGUAAGUAAAGAAGCUUUUGAUACGAGAUGUAGCUGUGCACAAUGAUAGCAUAUGACUCAUGUGAAAGGAGCUCAUCCUCUAGUUCAGUAAGGCCACAGGGUGCAUACAGGAUUGUAACAGCUACGAGGAGAGGUUUUGAUAAAGUUAGAGAAUACAAUAUACCACUCAGAUCUCGUUACACUGUUUCUUCCCGUUUUGUUUUGUUUCUUGUUGUUUAUAUUGACAUAGUACGUUACCUACAUCAGUAGCCUUUCUACUCUAAGCUUUGGUUAAAUUUAAGAGGAAAACUGAAAGCAGACACACGGCAGUGCAUGAAAUGGAUUUCUGUCGGAUGCAGAUCCUUCAUUUUCCACUUCCAGUUUAUUCUAAAGCUGAAAUAUCUCAACAACUAUUGGACAGAUUGUUGCUAAAUCUGAUUCACACAUUCAUGGUUCCCAUUGUGCUUGUGAUUACAUGCUUUCAAAACUAAUGGCAUGUUAACAUGCUAAAGUAAGAUGGUGAACAUUACCUGCUAAAUAUCAGCACGUUGGCGUCAUUAUUGUGAGCAUGUUAGCAUGUUGAUGAGUAUUUAGCUCCACUUUUUCCAUCGUUGUUGCUCUUUUGCCGCAGCCAUUCUUCUUCUUUUAAUUAUUCCUGUUUCACUUGGUUUUGUUUACCUAACCUUCAUGUUCCCCUCACUGGUGUAUAGUAAAUAAAAGAUUGCUACAAUGAUGAUAAUGGACUGUAAAAGGUGUCCUUUCCUUUCAAACUGACAAAGUAAGGCAGAGGCAGAAUUAGUCUGAGCUGAAAGGGUUCUAGUCAAAUGUCUAAUGUAGCAAACUAAAGGCCUUAAUGACAUGAAAGGCAGUCGCUCCAUCUCAUUUAUUCCUGUAUUGAGAAGCAGUUAAGGUGGACAAGUGUGGUUCUCGGGUGGAAGAGAGAAAAUUAGUUGGUGUUAAAUGGUGGUCAAAAUGCCAAACAGCAAUUUGCCUGAAGAUCUUUAUAUAGUGUAAGAGAGGAAACAGUUCAGAUUGAAAAGAUAAGAGCGGGUUUCUGUUAGAAUGAGAAGUGUAAUGCUACCAACUGGUUUGCAUAAAGAUCCCAUCAGCACUUUAUCCUCAUGAGGAGUGCUUCUUGUAUAUGUUGUAUGCUAUAUUUUUGGGAAUAUCACUGUACUGAAGAUAUUUAUUUAUUUAUGUAUUUAUUUUUGGAGUGUGUCUGAAUACGCCAUCACUCCUGCUGUCCAUGUCAUUACGGUGACUUCAUGCCCUCUUAAAGCCCCAGUUUAUACUAGAGUGAUGGAUCGACUGCAUGUUUUCUCGGGGUACAGUGAGAGUGUUUCACACACGGUGCCGCCAUCUGUAAAAUAGGAACCAGCCCAACCAGAUUACAUGCAUGUCUGUGCCAAACAUGGCAGUAAGCUCUGUGGACUGUUUGCUAUUUCUUCUCUCUUGUGCCUGGUUCUUCCAACAUUUCUUGUCUCACCAGUGGUUAAAAAACUGUAGCUAAUUAGCAUGUUACAGUUAACAUAUUUUUUACAUUUAUUUUUUGUCUAAUCCCACAGUUUCUCUUUGUUGUUUAUAUCUCUUGGGUUCUGAUUUGCAUGACUCCCUAUUUUCCUUUAAAUGGGUUUUUAUUGUACAUGAUUAUUGUCAUAUGGUGGGUUGUGAAAUGCUUUGUAUUGGAUUGCCUUAAAUGAAAAUUAAUUAAAAAAUGAUUACUUUUAUAAAAGUU